AAGUACCGUAGUUUAUGUAUGCUAAUAGGGAGAGUUGGGGGUUGUAGCUAGAUAUUUACGUUCAGUGGGAGCCGCCCUUCAUUCACCCACAUGGUUACCAACUGGUCGCCUUCGCGCCACUUUCCCAACCCCGCAAUCAUUUUUAACCAGCGUCUCUGGGUUAUAAAUUGGCUCACGAUCGGCUCGGACCUCACUUUAUGUUCCGUUUUUGUCCGCGGGUAGAAAAGUUUUCGGAAUAGUUACGUAUUUAUUUCUCUCUUUUGUCGGUAAGAGACUACACGGCAGCCCAAGCAAGUGAGCGAAGAUGGUGGAUUUCGGCUGAUCCACCACGAAGUGCAGGACCGUAAUCCAAAUUUGCCACCUGGAGCCAUGUGGCCAUCGCUCCGAUGGUGCUGGAGGGCAGCAAUGCUGUAAUCGGUCGGUGUAUUGUCAAAGUGCUUACAGUGCAGGUAGUACUAUGUGAUACCUACUGCAGUGGAGGCACUUACAGCAAUACCCUGACACUGAUGUGCAGAUUCUUUGAUGUUACAUGUCGUGUGAAGUACUGUCUUUGUGCUAAGGUGCAUCUAGUGCAGAUAGUGAAAUAGACUAGCACCUACUGCCCUAAGUGCUCCUUCUGGCAUAAGGGGCUGUGAUAUGCGCCACCAGACCAUUUCUAAUUUCCAAUUGGGCUCAAAUAUCUUGCAGUUCUCUGCUAGUUUUGCAUAGUUGCACUACAAGAAUAGAUGAGUUGUGCAAAUCUAUGCAAAACUGAUGGUGGCCUGCUUGCUCUCCACCUGUUACGAUUUUUUGGUUUUGGGGGUUGUCACAUUAAACACAAUCUGUCAUAAUACACAUGUAACGCUGUUUUGAAAAUGAGAAGUGUUUUUCCAGUGCUCAAGUGAGUCGGUUUCAGCAGUACUAAAGUGCUUAUAGUGCAGGUAGUGUAUUUCUCCUAUCUACUGCAAUGUAAGCACUUGAAGUACUUCUAACUUACUGCGUCUUUCUGAAACUCGGAUGUCCAUAAUCCCAGAGGAUCUUUGAAUCGUCGCAUGGUCAGUUUUGCUGGUUUGCAUUCAGCUUUAACUGGUGUUUGCUGUGCAAAUCCAUGCAAAACUGACUAGGUUGAUGAACUAUCUUCUGCCAAAUGAGCUUGCUUUUCAUCAAAACUGGGACAUGUAUGACAUUUUGGAUAUUUGGAGAUGUCCCUUCCUGUGCAGGUGGGGAUUAGUAGCAAUGCUGUGUACCUGAAGGUAUUGCACUUGUCCCGGCCUGUAUAGGAACAAGGAGAUGGAGCUGACCCAGGAUCACGACCCAAGUGAUUAGAAAACUGCUGCACUCAUCUUCAUGUUUUCUGUCUGUAUGAAAAGUGUGUGAUUAUUGAUGGGUUUUAAUUGUAGUGUUUCUUGAAAUAGAAUACAUUUUAAACACUUUUUUUUUUUUCUCUCUGAAUGCUUUAUUAUUCAUACAUCUUGAUUUUGGUUGAAACUGGAACAACAUGCGGUGGCAAAAUGUGUUUUGGUCAAGAAACCUGUUGACUUUGACAAACCUUACUUUUGAUUUCUGUAACCUGGUUGCCAAUGUUGCAUUACAGGAGUGUUUUUCACCACAUUAAAUGAGUCACGUUUCCCGACUGGGCCAUGUGCAUCAGAUCUAAUUUGUGACAUGACGUUCAGCAGCAUUGAUAGUCUGCUAUGAACACCAGGCAGGAUCACAGCCCUGACGGCAGUCAUCAUAUGAGCACAUGUUCAACAGCAGUUUUGCCUAUACUGAGGGGAAAGUGAUUGGUGAAGUUGGGUAUUAAUUUAGCAUAUUUAGACUUUAAUGCAAAACAAAAACAUGCCCAUAAAAAUAAAAUGAACAAAGUGUAUUUAAGCUGAAAACUGAAUUUAUUUUUGUUUCGUUAGACAUGUAGGUCACAACUUGAACUAAUGCCUAUACAGGUUAACCAAAUGGUUCUGAAUAUACUUAAAUCUUUAAAUUGGUUGGUACUUUCUAAGGAGGAAAAAUGUAAAUGGCACAUACCAUAAAAUACACGUUUUUCCUAAUUAAUAAUUUAAUAACACAUGGUCAUCAAAACCUCAUAUCAGUUUUAUUUAACUAAGGUGAUAAUAGUUUUAUAGAAUGUAAUUGAAAAAAGGAAAUGGUUUCAAAUUGAGAACUAUUUAAGAUUGUCGCCCGUGUGUCACUUAAUUUACUUUGGAGGAUUUUUGGAUAAACGACAAUCUAACCUCCGUUAGCAUGAAUCAAAACAUGAAUAAAUCCACGAUACUAAGCCUCAUUGAGCUAAUUUAACAGGGAAAGAAAUUCAGAAAAAUAUAUUUCAGUUCGGUUCUGAGGUGAGUUUUGUUUUUUAGAUCGAAUACCUCACUCUAGCCUACACAGUUAAUAGAUCUUUAAUUGUCAUAGAUAAUAUAUCAGUCGUAACAUGGAAGUCGGGGCCAGUCCACUAGAGGGCGCCGUGAGGCUGCAGCUCAGCUGCACGUUGAGCCGCGGAGUGCAGGUACGGUUACGGGUUAGGGGGUACGGUACCGCCUCUCCUGUCGGUCCAGCCAAGUUGGACAACAUGCCGCUUUCAAGCAGAUCCGUCACACCGCUGCAACUUUCUCCCCGCGUGUCCGGAUUUAAAUGAUCUGGAGCGUUUCCUCGACACGAACGUUCACGCCACACAAUCGACGCUGAAUCCUGAAACCUGGGAUGUGGAAAGGGACUCACCUGAGCGGACUACAUGUUCAGAAGAAACCGUAACUUCUAAACAAGCGUCUUUUUUUUUGUGGAGUAUUAACCCUGCGUUUUAUUAAAAUGGGUGAUCUGUGUGCGAACUGCGUUUUCUUCCUGGCGUGUUGCUCUGGGUUUUGCUUUGGGAGCCCGAACAGAUGUGACGAAGUGCGGAAAGUUUUCCAACUCAGACAAAUUGGACCAAAUCAAUUAUUGCCUUUAAGCCCCAGACCAGGUUCCGACCUCCAGGUGUGCAUGUCCAAGAACCUGACCUGCUGCACCAAAAAGAUGGAGGAGAAGUACCAGGUGGCGGCCCGCAGGGACAUCCAGAACCUCCUCCAGACGUCCAGCUCCGGCCUCAAGUUCCUCAUCUCGCGCAAUGUGGCUGCUUUCCAUGACACCUUUGAGGUCCUGAUAAGGCAGGCAGAGAAUCACACGAAUGCCGUCCUACAGGAGUCGUACGGCGACAUGGCUGACCAGGCCGUGGGCCCUGUGCGGGAACUCUUUACAGAUAUCAGCCUCUUCCUGCUGGGGUCUGAGCUCAACGUUGAUGACUUAGUGCAGCGAUUCUUCGACGCUCUCUUCCCGCUGGUCUACAAUCACCUCAUCAACCCAGGCCUCAGCGACAUAUCGCCAGGCUACGCUGAGUGUGUAAGGUCAUCCAGCCGGGAUGUGAGACCGUUUGGUGGGGUGCCCAGCCUCCUGGCCGACCAGAUCGCCCGCUCUGGGGUCUCCGGGAAGCUUCUCCUUCAGGCACUGCACCUCGGCAUCGAGGUCAUCAAUACCACAGACCACUUACAGCUGAGCCGGGAGUGCAGACGGGCCCUGCUCAAGAUGCACUACUGUCCUCACUGCCAGGGCUUAACCCAGUCCAAGCCCUGCAUGGGUUACUGCCUCAACGUGAUGCGGGGCUGUUUGGCAAGCAUGGCGGAGAUUGACAACCACUGGAGGGAGUUUGUUCGCUCGCUGGAGGGCCUGUCGGCACGGAUGCAAGGACCUCAGGAUUUGGAGCAAGUGCUUCUGGGAGUUCACACGCUGCUUCACGAUGCGGUCGGACACGCUCAGAAAAAUGGACCCCGUCUCUCAGCACAGGUGCACAAACUGUGUGGUCCACCAAGCAGGCGGCCUGCGCAGUCAGGCAGCAUCCAGCGCAGCAGCAGCAGAGCAUCCAUCCCUCUUAAAGCUCUUGUCAGAGCGUCAGGGGACUCGCUCGCUAUAAGGAGGAGGGACUUUUUGAACAGCCUACGUCUCUACCGUACGUUCUACGGCGGCCUGGCGGAUCAGCUGUGUGUGAGUGAGCUGGCCUCUGGUGACGGGCUGUCCUGCUGGAAUGGAACCGACAUCGUAAAAAGCUACACCCUGCGUGUUGUCGGCAACGGGAUCAAGGCUCAGAGUGCCAACCCUGAAGUCAAAGUGAAGGGAGCAGACCCUGUGAUAAAUCAGAUCAUUGACAAGCUGAAGCACGUCAAUCAGCUGUUGCAAGGGAAGUCCAUUCCUAAACUAGGGUCACUGGACCAGAUUGAAACAGGAAGUGGAGACACGGAGGGACGUUACAGCGGUGACUGUGAUGAUGAAGACGGCUGUGGUGGUUCAGGUGGUGGCGAGGUAAAAAGGAAAGUCUCCAGAGUCUCCAAAUUGAGUCCAGAUGUGACCGGUGAUCACAAGCAUCAUCAUCAUCAUCAUUAUCCACCUGCUGAUGAUUCAGAAGUGGAAGGCAGAUCCAGGAGCCUUGGACUGGCGGGGGCCAUCUGGGUCUUGAUAUUGCCUUGUUUUCAUAUGCUCCUGGCCUUGUAACAGCUGCCUUUUUGCAGCAUGACACUUUCAAGACUUCAUUUGAAGCUUAUUUAUCAAGAAAUGAAAGGGCCGGUGGACGUAACAAGCUCCGACAUGUAAUGGAGCACCACCUCCACACAGUGCAGGACACGGUAGGAGUGAACACUAAUAAUUGUGUGGAAAUUACAAGACAUUUUGGUUUAUGGAAGACAGCAUAAUAUGGUUCAGAUUUGCAAAUAUUAAUUAUUUUUACCUGGCAUUCAUAACCCUAAUAACAAUAUUAUAACAGCCGAUUUCAAGAAUAACUACAACGUCUGUUGUAAAAGUUUGGUGUUCAUUUAAUUAUGUAUGUGCAGGAACAAAAAGACAAUUGGAAACAUCUGCUUCUCUUCACCUGUAUUAGCUGCCGUCUUGUCCAGAGUCCAUUGAAUUGGUAUAUUUCAAUUGCAAAAUUGACCUGUAAUGCUACUGCUGAGAGAAAUUGUGAGGAGAUAGGUGGGUAGGUGGAAGUGGGGGCAAGUGAGAGAAUUCAUACUCCUUUCUUCUUUAUGAAUAGAUUAGUUUCUUCAGGAGUCUAUUAUCAUUUCAAACUCAAUCCUCCUCUGCCUUCAUGGGCCUGGAUGGGAGCUGAUAGCUCCUGGAGCCACUGCCGAGGAAGAAUCCAAUUGCUCCUCCCUCCUACCUUUCUGCUGGUGUGUUGCUAGCAGGCUUCUCAGAAAAGGAAAAUGUAUUUGUUUCAUCUGCUGCUUUUUUGGCUGACAUAUGCUCAGAAACUACUUAUAGAGCUAAAUAAAUAAUACUAUUAAGAUGCUGCAGAAGCUAAAAGGAUACUCUUUAGAAGCAAAUUUCUCUAUUAACAUUUCAUAUAUACAGUAAAUACAUAUAGACGUUACAGAAAUAAACAAGAAAGACAUUAAAGCUGCUACUGUAAAUAGACGACAGUGUAAAAAUGAAGUUAAAUAUUCAAUUAGGGCUCAAAACAGCCACAGGCACAGUCUCCCCAGUUACUCUGUUUGAUCAUAUAUGAUCUUAGCCUGCAACUUUCCUCACGCUGCAUUGUUGUCAUUAGUCUUUUUUAACUUCAUUUUUACAAGGGUUAGACUUUACUAAAGUCAAGGCUGUUCAGCCACUUGAACCACUUGAGUAACUUGGAGCUUUUUCAACUAAAGUCUCAAGGCUUAUAAAUGAUAACUUUGAGAUUAAUUAUAUUCAUCAUUUCUUACUGUCUAUUGAAUUUAGUAUCUUGUAAAUGGGGCUUUUGUGUUGAGUGAGAAUCACAGGCUACAAUAGUUACUACCUAACAACCUUACCACAGUUGUUUAACUACCUAGCAAACCAGUUAUAGUUGGAACCAUCAAAGUCAGUGCUGUUCUUUUGAACAGCUGUCUUAAUGACACAAUUAAAGAAUAGUGUUCAGUCUCUAACUAGAUAACAGGCAGCCGGCACAGAGACAAACUUGCCUUGAGGCAAAAUAAAAGAUGUCAGGUUGUACUGGUUCUCCCGUACUGAAAGGGAAGAGUUGGAUUUUAUGUCUUUAUGUGAUUAUUAUAGCUCCGUAUUGACACAGUUUUCCAGAGGAGGGAGAAAAGGGGCCAUAUGCUGAUGAUGAUGCUGAUGCCGUGAUGAUGUGCACUCAUAUCCAGACAGGUGUCAUCUGCAGGCAUUGUAAAGUGUCAGAACCUCUUGAAUAACAUGUUUACCCUCAAAUAUCGUGUUUUGAGUGUGAAUGCAUUAUGUGAAAAAUACAUUCCUGUAAUAAAUGCAACUCUGUGGGACUUUCUUUUACAAUGGUUCUUAAAAUAUU